UAUGAAUGAUAAUUGAUAACCGGCAAUGAAAAAUAGAAAAACUGUCGCAACACUGGAAACUAAAAAUUGUUGUUUUCUAUAUAAAAAACUCAUCAAACAUUUCGUUAUGCUAAUAACAUUAUAAAUUAUACUUCAAGAAUAACGUUGAUAAGACAAUGAACAAUGUACUAAGGAUAUGCAGAGGCUUUGUUUUAUUGGGUAAUCGAAAGUCUGUCAAGUCUGUUCAACGAGGGUUUCAUUCAACAGAACCAUGUUUUGAAAAACCUCCUAAGGUUGACGUGGUAAGCGUAGAUAGUUUCAAUAAUGUUCAGGAGAAGAAUAAGAAGACGUUUUUGGAUAUGUUAAGGGUGUAUCAGAUGGAAAAAUAUCGAUCUGGUCAUGUAGAGUUUAUAAAUACAGCAAUUAAACAUCUAGAUGAAUUUGGAGUUAACGAAGAUCUAGAAACUUACAAGAAACUCAUCCAAGUGUUACCAGCGGGAAAAUUUGUCCCCCAAAACUAUAUACAGUCAGAGUUUAUGCACUACCCAAAACACCAGCAGUGUAUCAUUGACUUAUUACAAAAAAUGGAGGAUAAUGGAGUAAUUCCUGAUUGGGAAGUAGAAGACUUGCUUGUAAAACGGUUUGGUACUCGUGGAUUUCCUGUACGACGUUAUUGGCGUAUGAUGUACUGGAUGCCUAAAUUUAAUAAUCUAUCCCCUUGGCCUAUACCUAAGCCUGCCCCUAAUGAUCCUUAUGAACUAGCAUUAUUAGCUAUCAAAAGGAUUUGUAGUAUAGAUAUUGAAUCUGAAGUUAAAGUGUAUAAAACUAAGCAAUUAGAAGAAAGCAUAGAAGAUACAUGGAUAGUAAGUGGUCAAAGUCCAGAUCAAAAGAAAUUAAUUGCUAAUCACCCAGAAAAUAUCCCUAUAUACAUUGAAGGAGGAUUUAGAAUAUGGCUUCGAAAACAGAGUAUUAUAUAUUUUAUUUUGAGAACAGAGCCUCCUCCAGCAAUAGAAAACAAAGAACAAGAAGAUGAAGAUGAUAUAAGUAAUUUUCGUAUACCUUAUUUUGAUAAACCUAUUCCAAAAAAAUCUGACAAAAUUGCUAAAAAAAAAACUGUACAUGAACAAGAAGAUGGUACAAUACUUGCAGUUGCUGCUACUGGUACAUCCAGUAAAAACUCUUUAUUAUCUUGGGUUUUUGGAAAAUGACGGGAACCCAAGACUAACUCAAAUACCAAUUUUAUUUACAAGUAAAUCACCACUUGGAAAUGUGGAACCAUUAGUUGAACUUGAUGAAUCUAAGA